CACGAGCUUGUUGAAGUUCGCAUGCGGUAUUGUGACGUGAAGUUUGAUGUUGCAUAAGUUCCUCUGCUUCUCUUUCGAAAAUAAGUUUUGUGCCGCUGAAAAUCGAUUAGGUGAUGUGCUUCCACGUGACUUUAAGGCAUCCGCAACCUGCCUUCACGCUAAUUAUAUGAAAGGAUCGUACUCAUCGGCGGGUGUUAUCUCCAUCAUCAAUCAUGGGUGAUGGACACCCAAUCCCAGUGAACCAGGAUAAUGGUGAUGUAAAAUGCUGGAGAUAUCAACGCGGGCCGCGGCGGGUGCUGAGGGCCUCCUCGCCCUGUUGGCUGUAGCGACGCUGUGCAUAAUGUGUGUCUCUCCUGUACAAGCCAGCGAGUUCUUCCUAGAGUCCUCUGACAAACAGAUCUUGGACUAUCUCCUACACAGCAGCAGAUACGACAAGAGAAUACGACCACUAGUAAAAGACGGUCCACUCAGUGUCAACGUCAGUGUCUUGUUACUCAGGCUCGCUUCGCCUGACGAAUCCAGUCUGAAAUACGAGGUGGAACUCCUUCUUCACCAGGACUGGAUAGACCCUCGCCUCAAGUACGAUGACGCUGGACGACAUUCGUACCUCAGUGGGAUGCACCACAUAGAUGAUAUCUGGCUGCCUGACACAUACUUCAUCAUGCACGGAGAAUUCAAGGAGAACCUAUCUAAAGACAAGAUCGCCUUAAAGAUAUACAAGGAUGGAAAAGUCUCCUACACUAUGAGGAAGUACCUGAUACUUUCGUGCGAGGGAAACCUUAACAAGUUCCCCUUUGAUGAUCCAAAUUGCACCUUUUCCAUGGAGAGCAUAUCCUACGAGAAGAAGGACUUAGAAUACCAUUGGCUCAACGACACAGGCAUCGAGAACGGGAGUUCCCUCGCCAAGUCCAACAACUUUCGGUCCCUCAACGCUUAUAUGAUCUCAAACCGAACCCUUGUCUGUCAGGAGGAUACCUUCUUCUGGAGAGGACCGGUUCUUGGAGGGGACUACAGCUGCCUCAUGGUCAACCUCGUGUUCACAAGGGACGACGUCUUCUACUUCAGCACGGUUUUCUUCCCCGGGAUGGUCCUGGUGACGAGCUCCUUCAUAACGUUUUGGCUGGAGUGGAACGCCGUCCCUGCUCGCGUCAUGAUCGGCGUCACCACCAUGCUCAACUUUUUCACCACGUCCAACAGUUUCCGCGAAUCCCUGCCGGUGGUGUCCAAUCUAAGCGCCAUGAACGUGUGGGACAGUGUCUGCAUGUUCUUCAUUUAUGUGUCUUUACUAGAGUUCGUGGUGGUGAACUACGUCGGAAGGAAGAGACCCAAACACAACAUGGCCUACAUGCCUGGAGAGAAUGCGGUCAUCCAGGUAUUAAUAGAGAACAAACAUCGGAUCCCGCAAGCCAUCCACCGGAUUGGCCUCAGUUUGGUAAGCGGCUGGUACCCGCCUCCCCCUCCCGUUAGCCAUCCUCCGGCUAAGAAUACUGUCAUCCACCCGACCCUCAGUACCCUGUACGUGCCUCUAGAUCUAACAACAGUAACACCGCCACUCACUGCCGACCCGAAAGUCUCAAGAGUUUCCCUCGCUGGUGUUAUUGUGACCCCUGCCUUAGUACAGCUUGUCUCAUUCCUGUCCCCCCGUUUCCUCUACGCCAAGACCCUUUUCACCUUAGAACUGACACCAGUGCUCUCUCACAAAUCUAUUAGUGCUAAUAUUGCUAGCAUCUUCGCUUUUAUCUUUGCCAACGAGUUGCUGGAUCUAUUCCAACAGGUGUAUAUAGUCCACGUUGUCGUCAGAGCAGAUGAUUGUUGUGUUGACAUGGUAGUUAGAACUCAGUUAUCAGCCCACUGUUCAGCCUGUAAUACAGCCAGAGGGACAAUUUGCUGUGUGGAGAGUCAAUGUAAUGAGGAACUGGCCGCUUUGAGCACUUUUUGUUUAAAUCACUUGUAUAUUUGCAUGACAAGUGAAAGUCAUCGUCAGAUUACACGAUCCUCUUGUGGUUGUGUCCUCGUUACAUUCCCUGUUAUACAAGUCAUCGUGGCCUUUACACGAGUGUAUGGCUCCAAGUACAGCUAUAUCGGUAUCGCCUUCUUGAAGACAUAUUCGUCCCUGGAUGUAGUGUGCAUGAACCCUGGUAGUAAUGAUAGCACAAUGUCACAGUGCAGGUCCGGGAUGCUCCAAUUAAGCACGGCUUCCGCACCCAAGGCUUUGCUUGUGUUAAUGCCGUCCGCAAGCUUGAAUGUUCACCUUGCUGCCGGUCCCGGCCCUUUCCUGCUGCAACACCAGAUACAGAUUAAGAUAGUCAUUGCAGACUGGAACGAUGCGGCCAGCGGUCCUGAAAUUGACGUGCAGACGGUGAAGAGAAAAUUGAUCUUAAUUAUGAAAUGCUGUAAUGCAACUGGCCGCUUUACGCCUCAGUAUCCAGAGAAUCAGUUGAAGAUUUAUACAUUCUCCUUCCCAGGACGUACAGUAACAGAACCAGUGGAAGUCAGUCAGGUAGAGUACACUUUUAAGCCUCACAAGAAGGACCCUCCCCAUCCAAUCAGGGUAGCCAAGUCAAUCGACGUCAUCUCCCGCAUCGUCUUCCCUGUGGGGUAUUUCAUCUUUCUUUUAUACUUCUUCAUUACCUACAAGGGAUUUGAAGUCUGAAGGGAAUCAUCCGCAUCUCUCCACGUCAUUCUGAAGGGAAACUUGUGUAUCUCUCCACAGUGCUUGACGAACUACUUUACAAGAAGUGCCCUUGUGAGAGAAGCAUUAGCUUGUGUGACAGCCUCAUCGACAAGUGUAUCUUUUCCUUGCAUGUUCUGAACCUAAGAUUGAUCUGACUUCACAUUUUCAAAAUAUUUUAAAGCACAUUAUUCCAACUCAUGGCAUUAGUCAGUGUUCCUAUGAACAGUUACUGCACUGACUUCUUUUACGAUACUAUUGAUUUGUUGAUAAACUGCAGUUAGUUUACGUGAUGAGGCUCUAAAACUUGCCAUAGAGGUGAUAGGGCACUUUAUUUAAUGAUCAAAAGAUCUCACCUUUAUCAACCAAGUGUAUAUACAUUUUUAUUCCUAUUGUCCUUCGUAUCCUUUGUAUUCCUUUGUUGUUCAUUUCCGGCAGUGUCCCAAAGGGUCAGAUUUGUUGAACGAGCCAAAAGGGCAAAUGCAUUUAAGAUUUAGGCCCAAUACUGUAAAACAUCACUGAUUUUGUAAUAUAUAUUUGCAUUUUUCUAUUUC